CCCAGGACUUUCAGGAAACCGCAGCAUCUGCUACGUGAGCGCCCUGAGGAAGAUUCCCCGGGGAGAAACGCGAGGAGUGGGUCGUUCUCCCCAUUAGCAUGGAGCGGAAGGUGGCCAGGGAAUUCAGGCACAAGGUUGACUUGUUAAUUGAUAAUGAUGCAGAGAAAGACUAUCUUUACGAUGUGCUACGGAUGUACCACCAAUCCAUGAAUCUUUCAGUGUUGGUGGGAGAUCUGAAAUAUGUAAUCAAUGAACCAAGUCGACUGCCUUUGUUUGAGGCCAUACGUCCUCUUAUCCCAUUAAAACAUCAAGUGGAAUAUGAUCAACUGACACCUAAACGAUCUAGAAAACUUAAAGAAGUGAGGCUGGACCGUCUGCAUCCUGAAGGUCUUGGAAUAAGUGUGAGGGGCGGUGUAGAAUUUGGCUGUGGUCUUUUUAUUUCUCAGCUAAUGAAAGGUGGACAAGCAGACAAUGUUGGACUUCAGGUUGGAGAUGAGAUAGUUCGAAUAAAUGGAUACUCUAUUUCUUCUUGUACUCAUGAAGAAGUUAUUAAUCUUAUUCGUACAAAGAAAAUUGUGUCCAUCAAAGUGAGAUAUGUCGGCAUGAUACCUGUCAAAAGCUCUCCUGAUGAGCUUCUGAAAUGGCAGUUUGUAGACCAGUUUGUGUCAAAUCCUGGGGAAGGCAAAGGCAGUGUUGCAGGACUUGCAUCAUCUGGAGGAAAAAGCCAUAGAGAAAAGAAAGUUUUCAUCAGUUUGAUUGGUACAAAAGGCAUGGGAUGCAGUAUUUCCAGUGGUCCUACACAAAAACCAGGCAUUUUUAUAAGUAAUGUUAAGCCACAUUCUCUAUCUGCGGAAGUUGGAUUAGAGGUUGGUGAUCAAAUUGUUGAAGUAAACGGAAUGGACUUUUCAAAUGUGAAUCACAAAGAGGCUGUGAAGGUGUUGAAAAGCAGUCCAACUCUGACUGUCACUGUUGUAACAGCCGCUGGAAGAGAAUUGUUUAUGACUGAAGAGGAGAAGCAACGAGAAGAGUACCAGCAUGAGAUGGAACGCCAAGAGCUGAUGCGUCAAAAGCGGCUUGCACUAGAGACCAAUAAAAUUGUGAAAGAACAGCAAGAAAAAGAGAGAUUACGAAAGUUGGAGAUGGCACAGAAGGCUGCUGAGGAAGAAGAACGAUACCAUAAAGAAAUUGAACAGAUAGCUACUGAGGAAGAGAAAUUCAGAAAGCAGUGGGAAGAAGACUGGGUGCAAAAAGAGCCACCAAAACCACCCAAAACUGUAGUUGCACAAGUACAUCCUCCUCCUCCUCCUGCUCCCAAACAUCGACAUUUUGGAUGGUUUUAUCGUUAUGAAGGAAAAUUCCCUACAAUUCGCAAGAAAGGGAAAGAAAAGAAGAAAUCCAAAAAUGACAGUCUCAGUGAACAGAAGAAGAGUAAAAUGGAAAUGCAAUUUGAGCAAAAACUUGCUCAAGAAAAAGAAGCGAAGUUGGAAAGAGAAAAACAGUUGAAAAUUAACCGACUUGUUCAAGAGGUAUCUGAGACUGAGCGAGAAGAUUUUGAAGAAUCAGAAAAGACUCAGCACUGGGUGGAAAAGCUUUGUCAGACACGAUUAGAACACAUAUCCUCGGUGGAGAAUGAUUCUCCUGAGACACCAGGUAUACGUCCUCCUGUUUCUCCAUCUGGCACAUCCAUGAGGAAGUUUGCUGGUGGUUUGCAGCUUCACACCACUGAUCUUGAUGAUAUCAAUUUAGAUGAAGUUGGCAAGUCUACAAAACGUCCAGCACCACCACCUCCCUUGACCCAUACAGUUCCAGUAACCUCAGUGCCUUAUCCACUUCCUCCACCAAAUGCCCCAGCUAUGAGGGGACAGACAUCAGUAUCCUCUGGAAGUUCAUGGAUGCCGCCAUCAUUGUCAUCUGCUGCUUGGGCACAUACGCCGCAUCCUCUGCCACCCCCACCACAGUCUCCCGCACCUCUUCUUCCUUCCCCUCAGACUAUUGACACUCUCCAUACACUAUCCAAUCAUCCAGAUCAACGAAUGGGCAAUCACAGCUAUCAGCCUGGUGGGCCAGCAGAAUCACAGGACCUCUGGGAAGUGAAAAACUAUAAAGAAAAGAGCUUUAGCCCUGUUAGUUCUCAGACCAAUGAACAGGCCUACUUACCAAGUCCAAAGGUUUCACGAAAUACAUCUCACCUCAGCAAAAUAUCAUCUGUAUCAGGCAGUACAUUGCAAUUUUGUCCAAGCCCACCUGCUCAGCGUCGUCCAGCUGUACCUAUAGUCUCCAAACCAGUCAUGCUGCAUCCUGACCACAAUAUCAUGGUCAGACCAUCAAUCAAAACAGAAGCCCUGGGCUUCCAGAAGUAUGUGGAAGACUUCGAUCCCUAUACAAUGUUUUCACCUGAUCAAAUUAUGGGAAAAGAUGUGCGACUUCUUCAUAUUAAGAAGGAAGGGUCAUUAAAUCUCGCAGUUGAAGGAGGAGUCGAUUCUCCAAUUGGAAAAAUAGUGGUGUCUGGUGUGUACGAAAGGGGUGCUGCAGACAAGCAUGGAGGAAUUGUAAAGGGGGAUGAAAUAAUGGCUGUGAAUGGCAAGAUUUUAUUGGAUGUUAAGCUGGAGGAAGCUCAAGCAACUCUUACCAAAGCCUGGAAUAUGGGUGGGGAUUGGAUUGACUUGGUCAUUGCAAUAUCUCCUCCCAAAGAAUAUGAUGAUGAAAUGACAUUUUUUUAAUAGCAUGGGAGAAACCAAAUGAAGGAAACUACAGAUGUAUAGGUAUCAAACUACUUUUGUCAAAUCGCAAAUGUCUUUCAAUAGAGGAAUGUUGCUUAAAUGAGCAUGUUAUUCUGCAAACUAUUCAUUGGAUACCUUGAAUUUGAACUCAACAUGUCAUUAAUUUCCUCCCAUAAGUCAUGACUGAAGUUUAGUCAUAACUGUCCAGAGGUGAACAGCUGAUUAUAAAUGAUAAGUAGCUAAUUUUGAAACAGUCUUAAGUGCACUACAUGUAAAAUGUCUUAAAAAUUGUAUUUCUCAUAGGCAUAUUUUGGAUUAUAAAUUCAAAAACCAUUUUCCUCAAGGAUGGGUAAAAAAUGAACACUUUUCUAUUCUGUAAUUUUUAACAGACAACAAAAUUCUUUGAAAAUAAAAUAAUU